UACAAGCAAGGCGCAGGUGCUCAUCGAAGCAUUCCUCGACACCCGUCAUCAAGCUGAUCGAGAUGCUUGAUGCUUGGCCUGCCGAAGGACCUGCACCAACUGUCAUCGUAUCCACCGUUCCAGCGACCGUGUCAAAUACUAAUAGCACUAGCCUGGGAUCUGUACUUCCUCCGUCGGCGUUGUUUGAUGCGACUGCGAACGGUGUGGUUGUGGACAUGGCGUGCAAACCUGCAGAAACACCUCUUCUUACGCUCGCGAAGAGUGUAGCCCCCCAAGUGGGCGAGGGUCGAGGUGCUCCUGGAGCAUGGUCAUGCGCAAUUUGAAACUUGGACGGGAUGCAGAUGGGCCCGAAGCAUGUCGUGUCGAAGAGUGCCUAGGUGAAUUUGUGUUUGUUAAGAGGUUGUUUGGUGU